AUGGAAGAAAUAGUUCAGCAACAACAGCUAGAAGAGCCUGAAGGAAACGAACAAGUCCCUCCUUUGGAAACUACAGAAAUAAAUGACGCAAGCCUGAAACGUUGGGUAAAAGCUUUCCCAUUCACAAAAGAUAUUAUUGGUAACAUGGAAAGAAAACCAGAAUGGCUACAAAAACAUAUAUUUGGAAACGAGCUUAUUCCAUAUGGACAAGCUCUGUUUGAAGAGCUUGAACCGGAAACUCAGGAAAGAGUCAUGCAAACAAUACGCGAAGACUCAAAUACAAACUAUGACAAAAUCUUUCUAGGAUAUAGGUUACCUGAGAUGGGCGACCAGAGCCCAAAGGCAAAAAGGACACGUGAAAUUUACAACAUACUAGGUGAACAUGAGGCAAAGAUGCAACAACUUGAAGCAGAGGGCAAGUUACCAAAAGCGACACCAAAGAAGAAGAGUAGAACAAAGUGA